UUAGAUUGAUUGGCAAAAGGUCUAGGUUUUGCUUGGCUGUUGUUUUAACUAAGGCUUCAUAAAUAUGCACUGACCUGCACGUUGGACUAACACAAAAUUAUACAUGUAAACAUACAGCUUUGUAAUGCAGUUGUUCACAAUCUAGUUAAGACAAAAGUUUUAGCAAUGUUAGUUGGUAAUUGCGUAAAUGUCCUGACUGCAUUCUCAUAUUAUACUCCAGUUGUUUGCACAAUUCAAUUCUUUAGGUAUAAUUUGAGCGGACAAGUUCUAUCUUAUCACACCUGAUGCUCAGAAAGCAAGAGUUAGCUCACAGAGGGAUUCUUGAGCAGCUGAAAUACGAUGAUGAAAUUUGGAACUUCAUCUGUCAAUAGAGGCAAAGAAUAUGAAUAUGCAGUCUUAGUUUCAUCCUCUGAUAAUGUGGGUAUGGAAUCCCUUGAAAAAUACAAGGUAACGUAGUAUGUUGUUAAAGUAUGUACAGUUGUUGCGGUAUUUGCCACACACCUGAGAAACCUGAAACUUGAGCAACAACUGUGAAAAAUUAAUUUUUAAUGUAUGUGUGGAGUUCUGCACCUUAAUGUGUUUUGUUUUUCUCUGCCAGAAAUCAGGAUCACAGGUUAACUAACAGCUGUAAGGAUAAAGUGGACUGCAUGGUGAGAUUUGGAGGUACAUGAGAUUAUUCCUGUCUUGGAAUUUUAGAAGCUCAAACUAUUCUAGUUUGUCCAUAGACAUAUUUAUUUAAAAAAUCCUUCAAGUAUUUUAUAUGCACUCGAUCUUUCUCAGAUUCUUGUAGGUCCUUUCCCAUAGGGCAACCCUUACUUGCCUGUAAUCCCUAAGGAAUCUAGGGACUUUUUCUUUAAAGCUCUUUAUUAAGCACUAGUUUUGAGAUCCGUGUUGUUUUUCCUUUUUUUUUUCUUUUUUCAUGUGCACUUUACAUACAGAACCUAUCUGCCUACUGUUAAUAGGACUUUGUAGCUGAAUGCUAUCAUCUCAUGGACAUGUUUCAUCUUUCCAGGAUUCAAAAGCUUGUAUAGAAUAUCUAGGAUACGCAUAUAGAUAAGAAUAUCUAGGUUAUAUCUAUAUAUAGGUAUAUAUCUGUAGUGAAAAGUGAUACAUGUAUAUUGACUAAAGGCAGAGCAGUGUCGUCUUUCUGACCCAUAGCAUAGCUCAACUCACCACUCUGAAGCUCUCCUCUCCUACUACAACCAGAGCAGCUGCAUCCAGGCUGUUUUUAGGAGCAGCUUGUGAUAUCCUGAAGAAAAUGGAAUAUUCCACUAAGCAAUAACAAUGAACCCUGUGAGCCCGGCAAAACAGAAUUUGGCGGUCAGAGCAGGGAGCUGAGAGAUAGGGAAGCAUUUGUUUUCUGACUAUAUCCUUGAAGAAGAGCUGAGGGACUGACAGGAGGGAACAUCCCACCUCAGAAGAUGCUGAAAGCUGAGUGAUAAAGAACAUGGUCAAGGAGGACAACUAAUAGGGAUGUUUAUGCAUGUUGAUAAGAACUAGAGCUAAGUGUCCUUUAGCAUCAUAAUGCUAAAAAUCACGCCCACAGGUCAGAAAGCCCCCUACUCAAAUAAGCCCCUCACUCCCUGAGCAUGUGUGGCAAAUUUAAAGGGAGCUGUAAGAGAAAAUCCCUCAUUUGUAUUUGGAAUUUGUUGUGUGAAACAUUGGUUCUUUUUUUAGUACCAAACUGGUUUCCACUGCUUCCAGGAAGGCUCCUCUUUGUUCUCCCGUAGGAUGCACCAUAAGAGUUGGAGUAAAUUUGGAGGGUAUCCCAUGGCUAAGAAUAAAUUAAGAUGGUGUUGCAAUCAAUUGUGGCCACAAUAUCAGUUGGAGGAUGGUGAAAGAUGGUUUGGAAAUGGGUCUUUGAAAUACAGCACUAUAUUACAGCUAAUGUUGUUUUGUCAGAGAAAAAUGAGAAAUGGGAUGAGAUAUGUUGAUUUGUUCUUUACAUUAAGAAACGACUGGGAUAAUAGGAAGAAACGUGGUCUGGUGGAUUUGAAACACUGGAGUGGAAUUUAUUCUUUAACCAAGAAAAGGGAAAAAAAGGAAAAAAUUUGUGCUGUACUGACUGUAAGACAAAAGGAAAAAGGUCAGAGGAAAUGGAGGAAGAUACUCGGCUAUUGGUAGCCCCUCCAAGACAAUUAGGAUCGGAGUCCAUAAGUGAGGAAGAUCGUAAAGAUGCCCAAGUGACUUAGAGCUGGGGUGUCUAAAAGCAAAUAUGCCAUAUUAAUUGUUGUUUGGUCUUGUGUGUUGGACAAGUAAAAUGUCUGUAUUUAGAUAACAGGCCUGGGAAAGGUUUAGAAGCUACUUACUGAACACGCUUGAGAUUCCUGCCCUGCUGUGGGACAGAUCAAAGCACAGUGAUAAAUUAUUCCUGUGCGAAUCCCUGAAACACGGGCUAAAACAGCAGGUUCGGUGAUUCCCUCGCAAGGACCGAGCUCCACAGUGCCUGCGUCCCUGCUCGUGUGCCUCUUGUUGGCGAGGUAACGAAAAUAAAUUCACUCUUUGCAUUUCAACCAUGGUUUUGUGAUUGUUCCUGUGCCCUGCCUUUGCUGGCUCUCACAUGUGGCGUUGUCAGCAGGAUCCAGAAACACCCAGGCUAUGGUUGGCAAAAAAGUUGGGGACUGGGGAGGCUGCAGUGGUGACUCCCCGUAUUCCGGGAAGGCCCAGUACUGAGCGCUGGACCCCCAUGGCCACUUUCCUGGCUACAUUGGCUCCACCAGCAGCAUGGCCUGAAAUAGAUGAUGGGGCAGUGGUGGCCCCCCCCCCGACAAUUGAAAAGUCUGUGCGUGGGUUGCCAUGGAUAGUGGCUUUGGAUUUGUCUGGCAAGUUAUCAGGGAGAUUGGGGUGGUUAUUAAUUACUAGUCUUAGAGCUCUUCACCAUGAAGUUGUUGCGUUAUGGAGUAAAAUGAGAGAAUUGGAAGCGAAGUCGGGACUUUACAAGACGCAAAGGCGAUCACCAAGAAGUAAUUACUACUCAAGCAGAGCGGUGCCCGACAGGUUUGAUUGGAAUGUGCUAGAUCGAAUCUAUGGCUGUUAUUGCUGUUUAGCUGUUACUGGGCAGGCUUCUGUGCUGGCCGUGGGGCUUGCUUGCCUUAUUGUAUGUUAGAACCUAGUGCUUGUCGGUGGCUGCUCUUCUGCUUUCGCUGCUUGCUGUGCUGCCGUACUGCUGAUCCUCUGGCUCUGCUGUGCCUGGGAAUGUUUUGGUAACAGCAAUGGCUCACGUGUUGGUUACAGGAUCCAAUCCGCCAGGGCAGCGGUAACGAGAAGUAUCCCGAUGUAGUUUUUGAGAGGAGCGCCUGCCUCACUAAAACCCUUGAUUAUACCUGAGGCAACAGGUAAUGCAGGCGCUCUAGCAAAAUACCUCAAGGAAAAUUGGGGCUGUAAUUUCAGGAUCAUCUGUUCUUGUGGUGAAUAAAGGAAAGCCGGCAAAACCAAAAGGAGCAUGAGGAAACAAAGGCAGAAUGAUUUUGUAGGAGCCGGUGUCCCGUGAUCAGAAAUAUGUGGGAUGUUAGGUAGUUGCGAGGGACCUUUAAGCAAGACUAAGGUAAGCAUCGUUGGUGCUACAGGGAAAAGAACUUCGAGGCUGUUUUUUCAGCCUAUGGAGCUCGCGAUUGGGAACACUAAAUUAACAGAUGAACUCCUCUGUAUGCCAGAACGGCCUUUACUGUUACUUGGACAGAGUUUGCUCCGUAAAUUAAAUGCGCAGUUGACCUUCUCUGAAGAUUCUGUCCAGUUACAUAUUCCCCCAGAGAAUGCGUAGGAAGCCCAGAUGUGCCUGCUAACUGGGAAGGAUCCUGCAGAAGAAGGAAAUACUCCAGACGAAGUAUUAGAUGCGGAAAUACCCGUGGUGUGGUCAGCAGGAACACCAAGUGUUGGACUUGAAAGAUGCUUUCUGUUGCAUACCUGUGGAUGAACAGAGUCAGACCAUUUUUGCCUUUGAAGGGGAAAACCCAACUACAGGACGGAAGAUGCAGCUCUGUGGGACUGUCCCUCCCCAGGGGUACAAAAAUAGCCCCGCGUUGUUUGGUAAUGCAUCGGCGAGGGAAUUGGAGCAAUGGCACGACGAGUAUAACGCCGUAACACUGUCACAUUUCUGAGUCUGAUGAAUUACAACGUGAUUGCCUAACCACCAUUGAGCAAGUGUAUCCCAGCAGACCAGGUUUACGGGACGAGCCUCUGCCUGAUGUGGAAGUGGAGCUCUUCACUGAUGGCAGCAGCUGCCUGUUGGAAGGAAAACACAGAGCUGGAUACACGGUGAUAACAAAUACCCAAGCACUGGAAAGCAGAGCGCUGCCUGGUAAUACAUCCGCUCCGAAGGCGGAGUUGAUAGCACUGACUCAAGCCUUAGAACUGAGUCAUGAGAAAAAGAGUUAAUAUAUACUGAUUCCAAAUAUGCAUUUGGAGUGGUACAUGCACACGGGGCGAUUAGCAGUCCUCUUUCUUUCCAAAACUCACAAGGGGCGCCAAUAAAAUAUGGAACACGAAUUAUAAAAUUUCUGCAAGCAGUUGCAAUAACACAUUGUAAAGCUCACCAAAAGGGAAAUAGCGAAGUUGCAAAAGGUAAUCGAAAAGCGGAUGGCUUAGCUAAAGCCCUGAAGGAGGCUUAAUUCCAGGAUCUCGUUUAGAACUCUCGCCACCAAAAUAUAUUGAGAAAGAAAACUAGUUAGCAGAACAAUUGGAUUGCUCCAAAAAUGAUCAAGGUUGGUGGGUGACACCACUGAAACAAUUAUUGGCUCCUGAGAAAAUGAUGGAAAUAUUAUGUAUAAGACUACACCAAGGAACGCAUACAGGAGCAGAUGCGCUGGUAUUAACUGCCAAGAGAAGUGUUUCUGGGCCCAAGACACAAACUAUAGCGGAUAUUGUAGUGAAAAAAAAGUACUGUCUGUUGUGCUAAUAACCCCCAAAUCAGGAAGAAGAUUAUGACAAGGAGUAACGCCAGGGGAAUACUGGCAGAUAGGCUUUUCAGAGUUACCUAGAUAUAAUCAGUAUAAAUAUCUAUUGGUAUUAGUAGAUAAUUUCUCUGGCCAGAAGCUUUCCCUUGUUAUACCAACAAAGGUAGAGGAGUUAAGAUUUUAUUGAAAGAAAUUAUAUCUGGAUUUGGUAUUCCAGAAGGUAUCUCCUCUGACAAUGGGCCUCAUUUUAUUGCAGAAGUAGUACAGGCGUUUUCCAAGUUUUUACAGAUUAAGUGGGAACUACACCCCCCCUGGAGUCCUCAAACUAGUGGGAAAGUGGAAAGGAUGAAUCAGACCCCCAAGGCAAGUUUCCACACUUCGCCAGGAAGCACGCUUUAAUGGGAUUAGAAGCCUUACCUUUAGCUCUUUUGUGAAUUUUAAUAACCCUGAGAGUUAAGGAAAGGGUUAGUCCCUUGGAGAUCAUAUACGGGAAAGCAUAUCCCACAAAAUUCUUAAACAUCAAGGGGGACAAAAUGCAUAUAAGAGGACAGGCUGCCAUCAAGGAAUAUUUGAUUUUUCUCUCGCAGACUUUCUUUGCUACACAGGUACCUAAAUCAAACAGCUUCUCUUCCCUUGGACGCACCAGUCCACCCAUUCCAGUCAGGAGACACUAUGUACGAACCAGGAAAGAUGAGCUGUUGAAAGAAAAGUGGAAAGGACCCUCUACUGUACUAUUGAAGACUUAUGCUGUGAUUAAGGUAGAAGGAACUGAUUCCUGGACUCAUUUUACACAGGUAAAAAGUACAUAAGGCCCGAUCAAGAUAAAUGAACCUGCACCGCAGCUGGAGAAGUUAGACUUUGAUUGACCAGAGACCCUUGAUGAGCUGUGCUUAGGAAGCAGGGCUUGUCUAUGUAGAGAUUAAGCACCUAUUUUCCCCACAAGGAUAGUUAUAGAACCCCCUCAGAAAGUGUUGUUAAACUAUGCCAAGUUGAUGGUCAUAUAUUCCGUAAAUUUAAUCUUACAACUUAUCCAGUCAUCCGGGAGAAUCCAAAAUAGCUGCACUUUGAGUGCAUGACCGCAUGUCUUCUACUUCCAAAACCUGUUGCCACCCCCACCCCCAGAUUGGGGAAUCUUAGUUCUAGAUUUAAAUCGAACCUUUGAACUCAUAAUAACUAAAAAUUCAGUAACAGUGGGUAAAGUAAUUGCAUUCGGAUGUUACUACAUGGUCAUGGGGUUUGUGUAUAUAUAAAUUUAAGUGGUAAGGAUCAUUGUGUUCACAUCCCAAACAGUACUGAAACUCUAAAUGAUUAAUUAAACUGAAUAAAACAAGUGGCAAAGUCAAACCAGGACCUGAGGGCUUCAAUAACAAUCAGAUAGUUAAAAAAAUAUUACAUAAACUUGGAUUCUCCCUUACUGGAUGGUUGCAAAGGUUGUUACAAUUGUGAUUGUAUAUUAGUUGGAUCUAUUACUAGUAUGAUAGUAAAACUAUAUACGGCUUAUGAAAAGGAGUGAGAUUUAUGAGACUCAUGAAAAAGGUCUCUUAGUCUCAAAGGGCGGGGGGGCAAUGAUAUCCUGAAGAAAAUGGAAUUUUCCACUAAGCAAUAACAAUGAACCCUGUGAGCCUGGCAAAACAGAAUUUGGCGGCCAGAGCAGGGAGCUGAGAGAUAGGGAAGCAUUUGUUUUCCGACUAUAUCCUUGAAGAAGAGCUGAGGGACUGACAGGAGGGAACAUCCCACCUCAGAAGAUGCUGAAAGCUGAGUGAUAAAGAACAUGGUCAAGGAGGACAACUAAUAGGGAUGUUUAUGCAUGUUGAUAAGAACUAGAGCUAAGUGUCCUUUAGCAUCAUAAUGCUAAAAAUCACGCCCACAGGUCAGAAAGCCCCCUACUCAAAUAAGCCCCUCACUCCCUGAGCAUGUGUGGCAAAUUUAAAGGGAGCUGUACCUUUAAGAUGAUGUCAGAAAGCAAUGAGCCAAUGACCAGCUGCGGGGCGGGAAUAUUGGCUGUGACUGACAUUGAACCGUAUUGCAGGGUCUCGGUGCAGGGUGCUAGCUCUGCGCAGUUACCGGCACCGCCUGUGCGCAAGCACGCAAUGAAUAAAAUCCCUCCGCUCUGGGUGUAGCUCGGCGUUUUGCCACCCCGGGGGAAGGAACCCGCUUUUUGGGUAAACGCCUGUGGUACAUGUGAUUCCCACGGCAAUGCCAGGCAGCGUCUGGGAGAGGUUCCUUUGCAUCAGUGAAAAUCCAGCCAAGGGGUGCAUUAGAUGCAAAAGGCUGUGGGAUAAUCACUGUGUUUUAUUUACUUGCAUAAUAUGGCUACGUAAAGGAGUCUGGCAAUAUUGAGCCUGGUAACACUUAAGGAUGCCAUACAUAAAAGCUGAAUUCUUAAGAUGGUAGAUGACGUUGUUGCGCUACCUGCUUUUAUUAAGUAAGCGUUUAAUUUAUAUUAAAGUAUCCUUAACAAUAUCACUGCUUUAUCAUCGCUGCUCUAGUAAUUUGGGCGUUUUUAGUUUAAAUGUAUAUAGCAGAAUUUUAACCUUACCUUGUUUGUGAACGUCGUAGGAGUUUGCAUUUUCAGUUUCUUAAUGAAUGACAAUCGACUUACCGAAUAGGUAAAGUCUGCUACUGUUUGUGAAAGAGAAUGGGGGGGGUAAAAAAAUCUGAUUAAACAGUGCUGAGGGAAUGACUGAGUCAUGAGGCAUAAAGCCAUUUAAAUUGCUUUGAGUACGAUACUACAGUGGGAAGAGAUUUGGAUAUUUCCUGUGUGCAGGUGCUGAAUGUGAAGGUAGUUGAAGUUCAGCUGGUACCGUUUACUUGCUCUGUCGGCUUUGCUCCCUUUUGGAAAGAAUGGCUUUAAGGUAUAACUUCUUUUGUAGUGUCUGUUUUCCAAAAUGCUUGAAAAAUAGAAGUAGAGAAAUAGUGGUUUGCUCACUUCUGUCUCCCCUUCCACUCUUAAACAGUCAUACAGAAAUUUAAGAAAUGAAAAGCGGCAGUUCUGAAUAAACGUGCCGCGAUAUUGCUGUUCAGUCCUCCCAGAUGCUGCAGGCUCAUUGGAUUCCCCGUGUAGUUCUGUUCCAGCCAGAUCUCCUUUGCAUUUAGACGUAAAGUGACUGUAGAUCUGCUUUGUCUGGGAAGUCUGGCUAUGUUUUUUAACUAAAAAUAAAACAUCUUUGAGAAAAAUACAUUUUAUUUUAUUUUAAACCAUUUUUGAUUAGUGUAGGAUGUGUUUGCUUGGGCCUUUGCAUAAGAGUUGCUCAAGUCUCUUAGAACUGGAAGACCUAAAAUUUAGAUCCUAGAUCAGUAAGAUGAAAUUAGUAAAAUUCUAGUAGUGAGCCUAGAAAGUUAAACCCACUAAUUGCUAGUGUGAUCCCUUUUUGUCUCUGCUCUGCAUGCUUGUGUUAGGUGAGGGCAGGACUGCUGUGCCGGCGUGCUUCAGCCUCCUCCGUUGCUGUCCUGUUGCUGGCUCGCGCAGCUGGAUGGAGAAACCUUCUGGGGCUUUGGAUUCGAGAGUUAAUAUGCUUCUGUGGAGCAAAAUAGGAUUCAAAAUAGCUGGUAUGUGAAUAUUACAUCUUUUGCUUUCACAGAGCGCACCUCUGCUGGAAGCUUUUCUUUCCAUGGGAGCAAAUGGUAAGGGUAACACAAAGUUACCUGAUUUUGGAGUCAGGAGCUUGCUUUCCUUCAGUAGCAGCGCAGGCAGUCUGGUAGUAGGAGUCGAAAUGGAGACUGCAAAUCCUUCUCGUCUGUAGGUUUUGCUGGUUCCUCAGGGCAGUAUCAAGAUGACUGAUGAUCUGUGAUUCCACACUCUACCUGAGGAGAGAAAUGUAUUAACGGCGUGCGUUCCUAUGCAGCAAUAAAAGUCACAGGUCUGCCAUUACCGUGAGACCAAGGGGAGAGAAUCUGUACUUUCGCCUUUUAAGGAGGAAGCCUGCGUGGGCUAUGUCUCAUUUUACCUGUGGCUCUCAUCUGAAAACGUUUUCAGCGUAUUGCUUUAAUACUCCUCUUCACAAUAACAAGGAUCGUCUCUUCUAGUUCUCCUGGCAUUCAAGGACUGUGCUUUAAUGCUGUGUAGAGAGUCACUGUUAGUCAUUGCUUGGGAUUGAAAUGCAAAGAACGUCAAUAUCCUUUUGGUGAAAAAUGCUGCAAGGACUGUGCCCCUGGUAAGUAGUUUUCCCUGGAUGUUGGUUAUAAUGGUGUGAUGUAAUAUCUGUCUGUUAAUAACUCACAGGUGGUGGAAAACAGCUCGAUGGAAAUCAAGGAGUUGGACUCGAUGAUCCGUGUGGGUCCCUUCUAACUCAGGAUGUUCUGUGAUUCUAUGAAAUAUUGAAAUGUAGGAAGCAUAGCAUGGAGAAAAAGCAUUUGAUGAAGAGUCUUCACACCAGUCUAAACUGACUAAAAUUACUUAUGUAACAUACUACAUUCAGGAAUCUUCCUCUUUGAAAGACCUACGUGUUCUUAACCUCCUUUGUGUGGCUCCGCUUCCUUAAUGUGUCAGUCUGGUGUAUUGUCACUGUGGGAGUAUUAGGUGAGAAAAGAGGGUUGCAUUUAUCUUACUGUCCUUUACCUAUCACGUAGAGAACCUCAGAAGUCUUGCAUAAGAUUGGAAAUGGUGAUGAAUUCUGUUGCUGAAGAUGUUUUUUAAGCUUUCUUUUGUAGCAGGGUUUGUAGUACUUAAGACUUGGUGGUUUUUUUUUUUAAUGAAAAAGAUAUGCUUAAUUCAUAGACAGAGAUUAGCAAAGCAUAACUUGACAGGAAACGUAUGUUUCCUCCUUAUUGUUGAAACUGAAUGAAUCUGAAUUCUGGGUUUUGCAUCAUAUGUGUGGUUUUUUUCUACAAUCUGAGUAUCUUUAAAGGCAGGGCAGUGUUGAGAAGCAGAAAUGCAAAAUAUCAAACCUCAAAUACUUCAAUAGUUGGGAUUUAGUUAUAGAAGUGACUCGGUGAUGAAGAGGAACAACAAUUAACAGCUAAUAUUGCUGUUCAAGGAACAAUCCCCUUAACAGAAGGGCUUAUUUUUAGUACAGUCAAUAUUGCCAAUACUAAAAGAAGGGUACAUCUACGUGCCCUGGAGCAGCGCAGAUCACGUUUGUAAAUGCAGUUGCAACUUAAAAUCCUGCAUAUGGUUUUCUGUGCAUCUUUCAGAAUAAUUACUUUCUCUUUUCAUAAUUAAGUCUACUUAAUACUAGAUCAGUUCACCGAUCUACUGUCAUCUUCGAAGAUGCUAAUUGGAAUAAAUUCAGCCUUUAAGACUUGAGGCAGUUUACUGCAUUAUUCUUAAAACUAUUUAAAUCUGAGUGUUUCUGAACUCAAUUUAAAGUAUGCAGAUACAGAUAAUCGUUUAUCUCUUAAGGUUUUUUGUUCCUCCUUACACUGAAAGAACUUCUAUCAGUGUUUUGCAUCGUUAGCACAUCUGCUGCAGUUGGGGAAACAUUUCUUCAUAGUCUCUUCCUGAUUGUGUAGACGGUAAAAAGAUAAAAGUAUAUCGUAUGUAUUGUAGUCAGUAAAAAUCUCCUGUAUUUUGCCACUGAUAGCACUCGAUAAAAUGCAGAGAAAAUGAGAGUGAGCAAGAGACUCGUUCCUUAUUGUUCACCUACAGAAUGGGAAAAGGAACCAAAAUGAAAGAAAGUCUGUGAGAAUAGGGAUGUACUUAAGGUCAGCUGUAAAACCCUGUGUCGUUAAAGCUGUCUGUGGUUCCUGCAGCCUGUGCUGUAGAGAGAGAAGCUAGUGAGACAGAAAGAACAUGUCAGGCUCCUUUUCCAAAAUCCACUCUUAACUUGCUGUUUCAGUUUGGGCAAGUCGCUUUGCUCACAGACCUUGUCAUCGUAGCACAGCACUCUGCAUUUCUGUGUAAGUGCUGUGCUCCGUACGGGUUGCGAUUUGCGGUGCAAGCAUUCAGAGCUUGUUUCAAAACGUGUGAUACACACAUACUGUCUGGGACAGUAACAAACGCCUGCCUUGCGUCUUGUGCUGUGUCGCACUGUUUAUGAAAUGGAGCUAGUAAUGUCGCUGAUGUUGUUGGGUGCCAGUACAGAUGCAUAUCAAAAUACAACCGCAUUCUUUCACGCCUAACGGGCUUUCAAAAUGCCAACAGAAAGAUACUACAAGUGGCUACUUCACUAAUGAAUUUUCUGCAAACCUGAGCAGUCCAUUGCCAUCUUUUGUACCUGUUUGGGAUUAAUUUGGGUUGAACUGCAUGAUUUAUCUCCUAAGGGAAGGCAGGAUCUGUCAUAAAGCCAUUGCAUUACACUGGAGAUCAGACUUACUGCUAUGCUAAAAACCUGCUUCUUGUCCUAACUGACACUGGCUGCAAACAGUGAUGUCUAAACCGUGUGAAAAGGUGGUCUGGAGAAGUGAUAUUUGGAAUCCACUGGGAGAAUCAUUUGGGGCAUCGCCUCAACCCUCAGCAAGCUGUCAGGCCCCUUGUAGCCCAUUUUAGCCGCUUAAUUUACAGUGAUGCUAUGGGUCAAAACUUCUAGGGAUUCUGGCAUAUCUAAACCUGCAGAACGUAUUCAGCCAGAGUUGUAAGUGGAACUGUCUCUUUCUGGGCGCUCUUUCAUUCUAAUGCAUGAAAAUGAAGAGGGCUUCCCUCUGAUAACAAUCUGUUCCUCCUUCUACGUGGUCUUUGUUUUAGGUGAAAGAAUGAGAAACCGCUGCACAGCAACAACAGACACAGUCUGUCUGCCCUGUCAAAAUGGCUACUUUAGUAAUGAGUACCACCACAGCUUCUGCAAGAGUUGUACAAUCUGCGACACUAGGAAGGGGAGCGUGGAAGUGAAGAAGUGUGAGAAGACCUCUGACAGAAUUUGCAUGUGUGUUGCAGGUUACAUGCCAGAUGUCAGGCAUACACUGGGAAGCGUAUGCUCACCAUGUCCUGAAGGGUCUUAUUCCAUAGGGCAAAAUGAAAACUGUCGACCUUGGACCAACUGCAGCAUUCUUGGGAAAAAUACUCUUCGGCAAGGAACAAAAGUGGCUGAUGCUGUUUGCAGCAACCAUGUCACGCAGUCCACCACGUCUCAGAGUGCAACACCUGCUUUGAAUCUUUCCACUACUGACCACAAGAAUAAUACGUCAACUGCAGUGUUCUCACCGUCCAGACCCAGUGUGAUUCCUUUCAUUUGCCCGGAUAUGAACAGCCCCACAGAGACUAACUGGGGGUCUUUAUCGCUUAUCCUUAUUUGUCUGAUAUUGCUCAUGGUGAGUGGAAUGUCCAUCUUCUUGUUGAUUAUCCAAGCAGCCAAAAAAGAGACCAAGAGGAAACCUCGUAGAAACAUACAUCAGGGAGAAAGGAUCUUUCGAAUUCCUGUCCAGGAAGAACAAAUUGACUCCAAUUCCAGUCUCAUCAAAAACUGAUUCCACACUAUGUUACUGUUUCCUGCAUUUCUGAGCGGAUCGAUUUUAACAAGUAAUGUGACAGUGCAUUCUGUCGCUGUAUGUGUGGAUGUGGCCAACUAAUUGCACUUCGGUUCCUUUGGGUCUGGUCGAGUGGCCCCUUUGGUCCUAAUGCCAGUCGGAGUAGCUGUUCUUGGUGGAAUUAUGAUUUCUUAGGCAGAUGCUUUGUACAGCAUCCCCAUUGCCAGGACUGAGUUGAUAUAGUCCUCUGUGUUUCUAGAGAAUCCUGUAUGCAGUGACGGGCAGUUGCCUUUGGACUGAAGAAAGCAUUCAUGAAGCUGUAAGAGCUGACCAUUGAGCAGCAGAAAAACAGGGAAAUCAAAAGACCUGCUUUAUGACUGAGUUUAUAUCUCGUCUUACAAUUCCGAGAUGCCAAGCAGAGCACGUCUCUCUCCUCAGUACAGGUAUCUCCAGUGUUUCAGUCUAGUUCCCAGAUGAACUCUCCUCGCUUUAAGAGGAGAAUCUCCCCUGAUGAACAUACCUAGCUCCCUUUGUGCUUCCAGUUUUUUUCAAGUUAUUUCUUCUUGGUCAAGUUGAGUGGCAGAUGUUACCUGUUCCUCCAGGGCCAGUUGUCAUUGCUGGUGACUCUUGUGCUGGCCAUGCGCCAGAAUAGCACCACAAUGGCUACUCAAUGCUACUUCUCUCUUCUGUAUUUCUUCAAACAUACCCAUUGAGAAAACGUCAUGUUAACAUGCUGAGCAGUAUCCCCACUGUCAGGCCAACGCAUGGAAUUACUGAUGAUCACCAGAUAGCUCCAAAUCUCCAGGUGUUUGGGAAUUUCCAUGGAGAUCUUUAUGUGUGUGAAAACCAGAAUAUGUGGAUUGCCAGAAGGCAAAGGGAAUGGCAAUUUCGGGUUAGAACAUUAUUAUUGGAAACUGUAGUUCAAAAUAGGGGGAGAGGUAGUAUCACUUGUCUGCAGUGUAAACUUUGGUAGCUGCCGUGUAUAACUAAUGUUUUAUCUGUAAGCCCUGUGCAACCGACGCGCUGCGUGCUUCCUCUUGGUGGACAUCCUGUUGUGCUGAACACCCUGGUGUGUCUGUCAUCAGCAAGGCUGUUCCAGUCAAGCUUGGACUUCUCCACAGUAAAGCUGUUCAGCUUAAACCACUUUUGUGGGACUUGACUGCUUGCUGUGAAUGCAGGGAGAAACCCACAAGCAGGUUUGGUUCCAGACAGUGCUCUGGAUUUGGGGAGAGGCGGUUGAUGUCUUGGGUUUAGGAGUGUAUACAUGGACGCUUAGAGUUUUCUGUUGAUGAAUGAUAAUUUUGUGAUGGUUUAGAAAAGAAUAACUCCUUAGGUGUUCUCUGUUGUGAGAGGCAAGAGCUGAACUCAACACAGUGCUGACUCUCUGGGCCUUCAAAGGUUGCAUUUUAGUGAAGACGUGCAAAGACCAUGUAGCAGUGGAUAGAUACCUAAACUAUGCUCUGACCAUUCAUCUGGAUGAUCGCCUUGUGCACACUGUCAGUGGAACCCGCAUUCAGAACUGAAGAAGUGUUCUUAAUUUGGCCUCUGCAGUUAAAAUACCUGGUUGCCUGUACGCUGUAUGAAAUGAAUUUUACUUCUGUAACGUUUUGCCACAAGUUAAUCA